GAAGUGGCGGCGGCAGGCGGCGGGCGCCGGCCUGGCCUGGGCUUAGGGAGGCAGGCUGCCAUGGCGGAGUCCGGGCCGCAGGCGCCGCCGCCGCCGCCUCCCGGGACGCCGAGCCGGCACGAGAAGAGCCUGGGGCUGCUCACGACCAAAUUUGUGUCGCUGCUGCAGGAGGCCAAGGAUGGAGUCCUCGACCUGAAACUGGCAGCGGACACCUUGGCUGUUCGGCAGAAGCGGAGAAUCUAUGACAUCACGAAUGUCCUGGAAGGGAUUGGCCUGAUUGAAAAGAAGUCUAAGAACAGUAUCCAGUGGAAGGGUGUGGGACCUGGCUGUAACACUAGGGAAAUAGCAGACAAGCUCAUCGAAUUGAAGGCUGAGAUCGAGGAGCUUCAGCAGCGAGAGCAGGAGCUGGACCAGCACAAGGUGUGGGUCCAGCAGAGCAUCCGGAACGUCACUGAGGAUGUGCAGAACAACAGCUUAGCAUAUGUGACGCAUGAGGAUAUCUGCAAAUGUUUCACGGGAGACACUCUGUUGGCCAUCCGGGCCCCGUCAGGCACCAGCCUGGAAGUGCCAGUCCCUGAGGGCCUAAAUGGGCAGAAGAAGUAUCAGAUCCACUUGAGGAGUACAAGCGGCCCCAUCGACGUGCUGCUGGUGAACAAGGAUGCGUGGAGCUCUCCCCCUGUGGUGGUCCCUGUGCCUCCGCCCGAGGAUCUCCUCCAGUGCCAGGCAGCCAUUCCUUCCCCUCCUCAGCCGAGACCAGUACCCCCUCAGCACCAGGAGACCCCAAUCCCCAGCAGCCCUCGUCCCUCCACUCCAACCAGCACCCAGGACCAGCGUGCCAUCGGGCAACCGGCAGCCAGCUCAGUUGCAGGAAGCAGCAGUGGCCCUGGCACAGACAGCAAGGAUGCCGGUGUUCUUGGUACCCUCAGCACGGCGUCCAGCGCUGCACUCGACACCCGGCCACUCCAGUCCUCAGCCUCUUUGGACAGCAGCUCCAUCUUGCCCAACCCUUCUACCUCUUUUGAGCCAAUCAAGCCAGAUCCUACAGGCAUCCUGGAACUCCCCAAAGAGCUGUCGGAAAUGUUUGAUCCAACGAGAGAAUGCAUGAAUUCCGGGCUGCUGGAGGAGUUGAUGUCCUCAGAAGUGUUUGCCCCUCUUCUCCGCCUCUCUCCUCCCCCUGGAGACCACGACUACAUCUACAACCUGGACGAAAGUGAAGGCGUCUGUGACCUCUUUGAUGUGCCAGUCCUCAACCUUUGACUCUGGCCACCCCAGGGGCCAUACGCAGACAAGACUGUUUGACUUGGGGUUGCUUUGGUCCUUCCUUCUCUCCCCACGUCCACUGUCCUCAAGAUUCUUCUGGAUACCAACUGACCGGCCGCCAGGGCCCCCUUCCAUCCCCUCCCUUUCCAAAUUGCACAAUUAGGGUCAUCGAUUUCUGAUUCCUUCCACUGGCCAUUUUGUCCAUCUGCCCUUCAAAAUGUGGGAGAAGGGGUCAGUUCUCUCCUUACCCCAAUCUUCAUCCCCUGUCAACAGGUAGCCAAAGCAUCUGCCACGUGCCUCUCCCCUUAGGGCCAGAAACCUCAUGUCCCUACAUUAUCUUGCAUCCCAGAGCUCAGGCUCUGCUGCCCACAGUGAUACCUUUAGUUCCCAUUGCUGUGGCUACCAAAAGAGACCCUACUCCCACCCUUGCCCUGCCCCAUGCUGUCCAUGCUCCUUCCCCCAAGGCCCCAAAGGCCAGGCCCAGGCCAAGGGUGAGGACACAAGUCAUGUAUAAAAAAGCAGACAGACAAACCAAUUUCCUGAGUUUGAAGCAGGCUCUUCUGGAGUCUGCCAGGAGUGCCGCACUCUUGGGGAGGGGAGGGGAGGAGGGAAGCCAGGCCACAGUGCUGAGAACCGAGCAGGAAUGCCACCAUCCCCUUGCCAACAACAUUCCCCUUCCCCCACUGUCCUACUUGCUGCUCCACGAUAGGUUAAUGAGACCGCCCAAGUGACCCCAAACUGAAUGGAUCCCGUCCCUGUGUCCCUAGCCUAAGGGCUCCCCCUCUAGCCCAGGGCUGGAGGGGGGAGGCCUCCUCUAUGACUUUUAUCAUCCCUUGCCUCCAUUUAGAAAAUGUUUGGAAAGAGAUUUAGAGAGAUUUACAGGAAUGAACAGAUUCCUAUAUAAAGAUUAUUUUUAUACUUUUUGCAGUGUAAGGAAAUUGCCUGUAAUAUUUGUACAGUGUCUGAAUGAAUAAAAACCAAGCCUAA